AUGUGCAGCCUCCAGGCGCUAUGCUCCGGCCUGCCCCUGCGGCCCCUCCCGGAGAACCGGGGCCGGUGGGCCGGGGUGCCCCACGCCCCGGUCAGGACCCCCGGCCUCAGCCCCACUGAGGAGCAGCUGGCGCUGAAGAACGCCCUCCGCUACUUCCCCCCGGAUGUCCAGGAGGUGCUGGCCCCCGAGUUUGCCCAGGAGCUGCGGCUCUACGGCCACAUCUACAUGUACCGCUUUUGCCCCGACCUGGAGAUGAGGGCCUACCCAGUGGAACGGUACCCCUGCCGGACGAGGGCGGCUGCAGCCAUCAUGCUAAUGAUCAUGAACAACCUGGACCCGGCUGUGGCACAGUUUCCCCAGGAGCUCGUGACCUACGGAGGAAAUGGGCAGGUGUUCAGCAACUGGGCGCAGUUCUGGCUGACAAUGUCCUACCUGGCCCAGAUGACCGAGGAGCAGACACUGGUCAUGUACAGCGGACACCCGCUUGGCCUUUUUCCCAGCAGCCCCGAGGCCCCCAGGCUGGUCAUCACCAAUGGGAUGGUUAUUCCCAACUACUCCUCCAGGACGGAGUAUGAGAAGCUCUUUGCCAUGGGGGUAACCAUGUAUGGCCAGAUGACGGCGGGCAGUUACUGCUACAUCGGCCCCCAGGGCAUCGUCCACGGCACAGUGCUCACCGUCCUGAAUGCGGGGCGGCGCUACCUGGGGCUCCAGGACCUGGCCGGCAAGGUCUUCGUCACCUCCGGGCUGGGCGGCAUGAGCGGGGCUCAGGCCAAAGCUGCCGUGAUCGUGGGGUGCAUCGGUGUGAUCGCAGAGGUGGAUGGCGCGGCCCUCAUGAAACGCCACCGGCAAGGCUGGCUGAUGGAAGUGACCGACAGCUUGGACCGCUGCAUCGAAAGACUCAGGGAAGCGAGGAAGAGGAAGGAGGUGCUCAGUCUUGGUUACCAUGGCAACGUGGUGGACCUCUGGGAGCGCCUGGUCCAUGAACUGGACACCACGGGGGAACUCCUGGUGGACCUGGGGUCUGACCAGACGUCCUGCCACAACCCGUUCAAUGGUGGCUACUACCCUGUGCAGCUGGGCUUCGCAGAGGCCCAGAGCCUCAUGGCCUCUGACCCCACUGCCUUCAAAGGCCUGGUCCAGGAGAGCCUGCGGAGGCACGUCUCAGCUAUCAACAGGCUGGCCCGGGAGCAUUUCUUCUUUUGGGACUAUGGCAACGCCUUCCUCCUGGAAGCCCAGAGAGCUGGGGCCGACGUGGGGAAGCCGGGCACCAACAGGACAGAGUUCCGCUACCCCUCCUACGUGCAGCACAUCAUGGGGGACAUAUUCUCCCAGGGCUUUGGGCCUUUCCGCUGGGUGUGCACCUCGGGGGACCCCCUGGACCUGGCGGUCACAGAUCGGCUGGCCACGUCUGCGUUGGAGGGGAUUGUUGCUGGCGGAGUGACCCCGGCUGUGAAGCUCCAGUAUGUGGACAACAUCCGCUGGAUCCAGGAGGCUGCCAAGCACCAGCUGGUGGUGGGCUCCCAGGCCAGGAUCCUGUACUCGGACCAAAAAGGCCGUGUGGCCAUCGCCAUGGCCUUCAACCAAGCCAUCGCCCGUGGGGAGCUCAAGGCACCGGUGGUCCUGAGCCGAGACCACCAUGACGUGAGUGGCACCGACAGCCCCUUUCGGGAGACCUCCAACAUUUACGACGGCUCUGCCUUCUGUGCAGACAUGGCCGUGCAGAACUUUGUGGGCGACGCGUUCCGUGGAGCCACCUGGGUCGCCCUGCACAACGGCGGUGGUGUUGGCUGGGGCGAGGUGAUCAACGGGGGCUUUGGCCUCGUGCUGGACGGGACUGAGGACGCUGAGCGGAAGGCCAGGAGGGUGCUCAGCUGGGACGUCGCCAACGGAGUGGCCCGCCGCUGCUGGUCCGGGAGCCCCACGGCCUACGAGGUCAUCUGCCAGACGAUGCGGGAGGACAGUGGCGUGGCGGUGACGCUGCCACACGCCGUGGCGGACGAGCGUGUGCUCCAGGCGCUGCGGCAGUGAGGGGACUGGGCUCCCCGCAGUGCCCUGCCCCCGGUCCCGCCCCCACCUCACAUUCCCCAGCCCGCUGCUCGCCGUGCUCCCCCGGGUCCGGAGCUUUGCACACGGGUGUGCUUAGACGCGCACACACACAGGCAUGCACAUACAAGCAUGUAUGCGCACUUACAAGCAUGUACACACACGCAAGCAUGCCCUCUUCCGUCUCACCACCCCAGAGGCAAUGUCACUGCAUCCCCAUCUCACAGACUAGCCAGCGAGGCAGGGCCCUCUGCUCUCAACACGCGGCUCCCCUGGGGGCCUGGCGGGCAGUGAGGGUCUCCUUCAGUGUGGGGAGCUCAGGCCUGCUGUGGAGGGGACUCCAGGGGCUGAUGCCCAGAAGACUGGCUGAGUGGGGCGCCAGCCAGCCCACGGAGCGGCCUGCAGUUCCUCCUCCCCCUGGGCUCAGGGUUCAUUUGGCCAGAUUCUCAUCCAACAUCCAUCGCCCCCCAACCCCUGACUAACUGUCCACACCAGGGACCCACAACCUUGGCGCACAGACCAGCCUGGCUCUGACCAUAUUCCUUAUUCUUUGUCCUCCGUCUUAGCUGAGCCCCUCUGGGCCCAUGACAGGCUUAAACUGAGAAAGACUUUUGGGAUGGGUCUCCAAGGAGCCCCCAAAAACUUGACACCCCCCCCCCUUUGUGUCUAGUCUCAACCACGCCAUAUGGCCUGUCUCCUCCCCACUGGCCAUUCUGCCUUUGUCUGAGCUCACAAAACCCCAGUGUUGUCUGGGUAGCAAUAUACACAGAAGAAGUAGUUGAUUUUCCAGCCUGCCUAGUAAUCAAGAAUAACCAUUGACCUGGUUCCAGCCCAACAGACUGUGGAAGUCUGCUGGAUGGGUCUGCUGGGAAAGCUGUAAUAAAAAUGAACUGAUG